AGGCCUUCAGGAUAUAGGAGAAACAGUAUAAAAACCCGCCUUGGUAUUUGGUAUUCCAGCAGCUUCAUCUCUACCUAUCGCUUGCAUUUCUUCUCUUCUGAAGAUCAGACUCACCUCCAUUCCUCAGCCAUGUCUUGCUGUCAGCCAUCCUGUUGUGGACCUUCCUGUGUGGUCCCAUCCUGCUCUUCCACCCCAUGUGUUGGCAUUGGAGCCCAGCGGUGUGGAACCUCAACAUCAUCCUGCUGCCUUGGAACUGUGCCGGGCGUCUGCCCUUCAUGUAUCAACCAGCUCCCACCAGCCGAGUGUGUUAUCCAGCCACCUCCUUUCGUUGUGACCAUGCCAGGAGCUAUCUUGUCUGCCAGCUGUGAGCCCAUUGCUGUUGGAGGCACAACUCCAUGCGCAGUCGCUGGCGGGUGUUCAGGCAUAAGAGGCAUCGGCUGCUCUCCCUGGCACGCGGCAAAGGAAGGGGUGGUUCACAUCCCUCAGAGAUGGUAUAAAAGGCCUCGCAAGGAGGGAGACUUCCAAAGGCAGCUCAUCUCUCCUUCCUAUCGCUUCUUCAGCUCCAACCGGAUCUCACCCCGUCACAUCAAGAUGAGCUACUGCCAAUCUGUGUGUGAUGUACCCUGUGGCGUCAGCUAUGGAUAUGGUGGCGUUGGCUCUUGUGGACUAGUCCCAGUAUAUGGUGGUGCCCUUUCUGGAGGUGGAUAUGGUGUUGGUGGUGCCCUCUCUGGAGUUGGAGGUGGGCUCGGCUACGGCCCCGUGGCUUGCGCCAGUCAACUUGCAGGGUCUGAAGUUGUGAUCCAGCCCCCUGCAUCCGUGGUCUCCAUCCCAGGGCCAGUUCUCGCCACCAGUGGUGAGCCAGCUCUUGUCUCAGCAUACAGUCCCUGUGCCGGAUAUGGCUAUCCAGCCCUGGGUUCCGGUGGUGGUUUUUCUAGUGGAUCUUCCUCUGGAGGAUAUGGCCGGUUAGGAUAUGGUGGAAGAUAUGGUGGUGUAUACGGCGGAGGAUAUGGUAGCGGAUAUGGAGGAUAUGGUAGCGGAUACUGUGGAGGAUAUGGUCGUGUGAGAAGAUAUUCCCAGAAACGCUGUGGGCCUUGUUAGAUACUGGACAUCCUGGAAGGAACAACGUGGAUAUGAAGAUGCUGCUCUAGAACUUGGAGAGUGUGACACUUUGCUGGUUUUCAGAGUGGCUACAUUUUCCAGCUCUUACUCAAAAAUCGUUGGAUACUUGAUACUUCUUGCACAUCACAGCUAGCUAGUCAUCUUUGCACUUGUGUGUCCUCCUAUUUCCUCUUUUUUCUUUCAAUGUUGUCAAGACAUCACCACCAUCUUCUGCAUAUUUGUAAGGCCACUGAAGAACACGUUCUUGAGUGUCAAAAAGCCACCGUCGACUCUUCUGGAUCUAGGUGUUACCAUCACAUCUGGAGGUUAUUCAUUGUCUAUUCAUGGCCUUGUUUUUCUCCAGCUCUUCUCUCCUGCCAUCUUUCUUAAUAAAGCUUAAUGUUGCAUCACAA